GCCCGUGUUGAUGCCCAUCCCUUGCCACAAUCAUUGACCACACAAAGUUUCUCAAACAUCAUCCUUCCAUCAACCCCAUCCAGGCCACGCACUGGUUUAUCAAUCGGAUGUAAUUACAAAUCUGCCCGAGUUCCGGACUUCGUGCAAAUGCUCGAGCGCACGCAGCAGUUGUACCCAGCAACACCCGAUAGCGUAAUCCGCCGGGUUAUCAUGAUAAUUGAAAUCAAAGCAGAGCCGAAAGAUAGCUAUAGAUCAAUUGAUUGGUCCAGACUUUGGAAGGAUCAAGUGGGGGAACAGGCUGCUCAUGCUUUCGACGCUGAUCCUACUUUACAAUACUUGGGGGUCAUCAUGGCUUAUGGUCGUCGUUGGGUGUACUGUAUCACUCAACGCCCAUCAUCGCAUACUCACACCAUGUCGGAGAAGCGCGACCCAACUUUCCAAGGCAUUGGAUCGUCAGAGACGUGGGAGUCACCAGAAGACUCCGAGGACUCAAACACGAUACUAGAAGACUUCAAGGUUGACAACCCUUCAUUGCCACUGUUGGAGUACCCGCCUUUUGCAUUUGAAGUGAAAGGUGGUGAGACAAUCGUGCAUGACCUCUAUCUCCUUGAUCCCAAGCAAAGGUCCCUUCAACUUUUUUCAAAGAUUUUAGAGGAUAUGCGCAAUCACAAUAACGAUAUAGAACGGAACGAAUUAGACCAACAACUGCGCAACUAUGUCCAAGUCGAACGAUACAAAUUGAUGUACUAGUCUACGAUCUACCGUUGCGGCCUUAGUGAUCCAAUAAAAAUAUGGAUGAAUGCCUUCCUUCACCGCGUUACUACACGUUGUGCGGUCCAACCUCUUGGAGGCCUGAGGCCUGAUCGAUGUGAUACAUCAGCCACAAAAGCAACUUGCUCGUUCACUUCGCCAUCGGUAUACAAGAAUCCAGUGUUCUAUCAUCCUGUGGCCUGCUCUCCAGUCGUAUGUUGUUCGCAAAAAUAUUGAUGCAGCUAAUACUCUGUAGGGCUGGCAUAUAGCGACAGGGACGUCUACAGCAGCGUGGAUGGCAGAACAUAUCUAA